AUGGUGUCUACUAACUCCAGUGUGGUGCAGGGUCAGUAGAAGGAAAUCGUGUGAAUGAUUUUACUGGACUACCAGUCUGUCUGACACCUGACCCCAGGGAAACCAUUCUAACCCAAACCGUUUGUUGCCUAUUCACCCACCUACCUCUAUGUAUGAGGCAGCAGCGAUUUCUGAGUGUCUGCAGGAAAUUGAAAAUCGCUGCAUACUCCUCUGCUUGUCUAUUAUGUAUUGUUGAUUUGAAAGUGGAAAAUGGCGGAACAGGGUGCUCAGCAGCAGCCACAGGUAGAAGUGGUGAUGAAGGUAGAAGGGCAAGAACCAUCUACCUCCGCCCAGCAGCAACCAGAGGUAGAAGUGGUGAUGAAGGUAGAAGGGCAAGAACCAUCUACCUCCGCCCCUACUACUCCUCUGACUGCUGCUCAUCAGAAGAAGGAGCUACAGGAAAGACUGCAGCAGGAGCAGGCCCUGCUUGCAGAAUGGAGCAGCUAGCCAAGGUCCUGACAGAUGACCGCUGCUCCAAGGUGAAUAAGAACCUGGCGGAGUGGGCUCUUUUGGAGCACAAGGCCACCAAUUCUUAUUUCACAAACUGGGAUGAUCGAAUCGGUCGCCUAGAGCGCAAGGUGGAUGACGUGGCAGCUCAGCAGUCCAAGAUACUGAACGCAAUUCAGGAUCUGACUGCUCAGCUGACAGCAGCCAAACUGAUUGCUCCCCAGCCUCCUGCCCUCUCAGCCAAACCUAAACCUUCUCCUUCUCUUUCUUCAACUCCCUCUGGUUCGCGUCAUUCUUCCCCUUCACCAUCUCCUUCCCAAAAAGCCUCAGCCAAACCCACCUUUGCUGCUAUUGUUAGAGGGGAUCAGAGAGGUCCCAAGAUCCCUGCCCCCAACAAAUUCAGAGGAGAUGACCCCAAGAUUGAUGUUGGGGACUGGGCUGCAGGGACCAGGGCUUACUUGAGGGGCUUCAUAUGCCCUGAACAGAUAAAGGUGGCUACAAUUCUGGGACUGCUGGAGGGGCCUGCACAAAAGUGGGCUACCUCUACCUCCAACGGUCUGCAGAAAACCAUGGAGGAUUGGGCUUUGGGAUUGGGGGUAGACAGUCUUUUGCAGGCUCUGGAAGACCGCUUUGCAGACAAGGAGCGGGCCCGCAAAGCUGCUGACAAGAUUGCACGCCUGGGGCAGCAGCGUUACAGCGGUUCCCUGCAAUCGUUGUUUGUAGAGUUCGAGCAGCUAACUUCCACACCUGGUUUGGUCAUGUUUGUAGAUGACCUACUAACAAACUUCUGCAGGGCAGCCCCUGAGAAGUUUUCUGUUGCAUUGUACAGCGCUGGGCACAAGGAUUGGAGAUCCUUUGGCUGUGCAGCCCUGGACAUGGAGGCAAAACUUCAUGUCCAGGCCCCCUCCUCUGACAGGAGGAAAGGUGCCUUCCCUCGUGGUGGUAGAAAGGGAAAGGCAGCCUUUGCGCAUGCAGGGGCUGCAUCAGCUUCUGAUUCAGACUCCCAGGCUGAUACACCAUCAGCUGGGACUGGAUCAGCUGCUGAAACAGACAUUGCAGCGGCCCUGACUCAGGCUGUUCUGGGAGUUCUGCAGCAAUAGAAGAGAUUCUCCCCCACCACAGCCUUAGCCAGGGGGAAGGACAAGGGACGUCGGCCUUCCUCCUCCUAGCGCCCUAAUCUGCCCAAAGA